GUUGGCUGUCUGUUGCUGGCACAAUGCCACUUCAUCAUCGCAAUGCCUGCUAAACGUACCAGGAAAAACCCAUCGGUGGCACAGAAGCCGCCAUCCCCUCCUCUGUCCGAGAAGAAUGCCGUCAUCACACAAGAUAUCCCAGAGGAAGAGGAAGCAAAGCGAGAAUCAGCUCCUCGAGAUGAGUCGUACACACCUGAACUCUUCGAUGAAGAUGAAGAGAUGCCCGAGGAAACGGAGAAUACCAUCGAUCCCGACACUGGAAAAGCAGCCAAAAGAACGGCCGAAUUCGCACUAGGAGGGGGAGGGUACAACGCACUCAAGUCGUACAAAGGACAGAUGUACUCCGGGAUGGCUGUUGGAGGAUCACACACCUGGACAUACGACCAAGGAACGUGGAAGGAAACCAAGGAAGAACCCGAUCUUUGGAGAAUCGACUACCAGACGAACAAAAGACGGGCGAGGAAAGCGCCUACAGGGAGUGGUGCGCCUGUGGGAACCGAGUAUCACUGGCUGAUUGUAGGCCAUCAGCAUGUCAAGAAAAUCGAUGCCAACACGUACGAGACGCACCUCACGGGCUCAAAGUAUAAACUGGCGUACAAGUCCGCGUCAUCGAACUCUUGGUCGGUGCCGACCGUCAAGAAGCAACGGGACCGGGAAGUGGAAUUGCUGGAGGAUGCUAAACAGCGCGUCCAGGGACUGCCGCCCGUGCUGGCAUCAGAAAAGGUUAAGGUUGAGAAACGCGAAAAGGGUCAACAAAGCCUCGAAAGCAUGUUUGGAAAGGCUGCAGGCGUGAAACGAAAAGCGAAUGAAAAUGACUGAUACGCGUUGCUUCCAACGAAUGGCUGUACCGGCCAUGUCAUUUCUGCUUCGGAAUACAAUAUACAAAAG